CCUACUACGUGGGGUUGCACAGCGCCUCAGAAUGGUGUAGUCAUUCAUGUCUACACGAUAACUUGGAGACAGUGUCAAAACUUUGACAUUUAAUAAAUGCCCCUCACUUCAAGCAAGAUAACAGAAUAAUGUUCGGGGGAAUUCAGAAAACUUUUCCACAUAGAGUAGUUUUUGCGUUCUGAGCGGAAGUCUGGAUAAAGUUUUCAAUAAAAAUACAUCAUUGGAUAUGUAAAUAGCACAAAGGCAACGACGCGAUGAACACUAGAAGUGUCUUGGUUUUAGGUUUUAUCACCCAAGGAUUUACAACCGCAAUGUGUUAUUUUUAUUCUUUUACAGCGUGAUCCGAAAUCUCGGACACAUGCCAUCUACAAAGUUUUCGACAUGGUAUGAAGGUUCCUCUUCUAUGUCCUGAAGCUAACAGUCAACUGGUUAAAGUUUCAAACAACACACAUUUGAGCAUAACCACCCCACGACGAUGUGUGAGGCAGUCAAGGACAUGACUGCUGUUGCAUGACAGGGCCAGUUGGACCACAUAGCUGAAUAUGUGGAAGCGCAUGGGGCCUAACAUGCCCAGGAAUCCCCUCACAGCAGCCACCUCCGCCCUGCUGUGGGCGCUACACUUGGGAAUGGUAUUCAUCAGCAGCCCCGCGACUGCCUGUCCCAAGAACUGCAACUGCGCAGAGAAGAACGGCUUGGCCGUAGUGCAGUGUGUGUCUCGCAACCUGGACGAGAUCCCCUCAGACCUUCCCAGGGACACCGCGGUCCUGCUGCUGGCCUCCAACCACAUCACCAAGAUCCCCAACCAGGCCUUCAAGGACCUCCAUGGCCUUCAGGAGGUGGACCUGUCCAACAACGCCAUCGAGAGCGUCGACGCCGGGGCCUUCCAGGGCGUGGCGGACAGCCUGCGGGUCCUGGACCUCGCCAACAACCGCAUCCGCAGCGUCCCCAAGGAGGCCUUCGCCAGGCUUCGGGCCAAAAUCAACCUUUCCAACAACCCGUGGCACUGCGAGUGCUCCCUGCAGGAGGUGCUGCGGGAGCUGAGGCUGGACCCAGACACGGUGAACGAGGUGAGCUGCCACACGGCCGUGCAGGACGAGCACGCAGGGAAGCCCGUCAUUCAGGUCCUGGACUCGGGCAUCAACUUCUGCAACUUCCACCACAAGACCACGGACGUGGCCAUGUUCGUCACCAUGUUCGGCUGGUUCGCCAUGGUGAUCGCGUACGUCAUCUACUACGUGCGACACAACCAGGAGGAUGCGAGGAGGCACCUGGAGUACCUCAAGUCCCUGCCCAGCAGCUCCCAGAUCAGCAAGGACCUGGACACUAUCAGCACCGGGCUCUAGCAGCCCAGCCAUGGAGGCUC